CCAGAACCAGCCAAUCAGGAUGAAGAAGAGCCGUAGCGUGCUGACUGUGACUGGGGAAGAGGGUCAUGAGUCGGUGGUGGGCGGAGACCAGGUGGAGUCAGCGCGCUACAGCCGCUCCUACACGUCCGGCACGCACACGCACUCCCUGGGGGCGGAGUUAAGGAGAGGGAGGAGUCACAGGCUACCCUCGAGUCUACAGGUACCAUGCUGGCUGAGACCAAGGGACCGUGCCCGAUCACCAGAGGUGUUGAGUAUUGUACCGCGUCCCACCACUCUUCCGCUCCGAAUACCACCGCCACGCAUCGCCAUCACACACGCAGACCCCGACAGUUUCGAGGUGGAGAAUGGGGUGUCCCCGGCGGGUGGAGGCUGCACCCCGAGAGUGUCUCCGGGGGUGACGCUGCACCCCUCCUUCCCCCAGGGCCAGAGAAGAGAGUCCUUCCUCUACAGAUCCGACUCAGACUAUGACAUCUCACCCAAAACCGUCUCCCGAAACUCCUCCGUGGCCAGCGAAGGGCAUACAUCAGAGGACUUCAUUGUCACCCCCUUUGCUCAGGUGCUUGCCAGCUUGCGGUCCGUGAGGAACAACUUCACCCUCCUGGCCAACAUCAGCACGCCUUCCGUCAAGAGGUCACCACUGAGCAGUCAGUCCUCAUGUCCCAAAUCAACAUUAUCAGACCCUCAGUAUCAGCAGCUGGCCCUGGAGACUCUGGAGGAGCUGGACUGGUGUCUCGACCAGCUGGAGACCAUCCAGACACACCGCUCCGUAUCAGACAUGGCCUCCAGCAAGUUCAAGAGGAUGUUGAACAGGGAGCUGUCCCACCUGUCGGAGAUGAGUCGCUCUGGCAACCAGGUGUCAGAAUACAUCUCCAAAACCUUUUUAGACCAGCAAAACGAUGGCAUGGAUCUCCCGUCCCCAACGCUGAAAGAGAAGCCCAUGAGCCACAUCAGUGGAGUUCGGGAGCUCUCCCACAUACACUCGCUCCCGCUCGCCAAGCUGCCUCGCUUUGGAGUCAACACAGAACACGAGGACGAGCUCGCUAAGGAGUUGAAGAAUCUGGACAAGUGGAGCUUCAACAUCUUCAGAGUAGCAGAGCUCUCCAACAGCAGACCCCUCAGCUGCGUCAUGUUUGCCAUCUUUCAGAAGCGAGAUCUGCUGAAGACGUUCCGCAUCCCCGUUGAGACCUUCGUGUCGUACGUGAUGACGCUGGAGGACCAUUAUCACUCCAACGUGGCCUAUCACAACAGCCUGCACGCCGCAGACGUCACCCAAUCAACACACGUGCUGCUGUCAUCGCCCGCCCUCGACGCCGUGUUCACGGAUCUGGAGAUUCUGGCUGCUCUCUUUGCUGCAGCCAUUCAUGAUGUCGACCACCCAGGAGUCUCCAACCAGUUCCUCAUCAAUACCAACUCAGAGCUGGCUCUGAUGUAUAACGAUGAGUCUGUGUUGGAGAACCAUCACCUGGCGGUGGGCUUCAAGCUGCUGCACCAGGAGAACUGCGACAUCUUCCAGAGCCUCACCAAGCGCCAGCGCCAGAACCUCCGCAAGCUUGUCAUCGAUAUGGUGUUGGCUACAGACAUGUCUAAGCACAUGACUCUUCUAGCAGAUCUAAAGACCAUGGUGGAGACCAAGAAAGUCACCAGCUCAGGAGUGUUACUGCUAGACCACUACACCGACCGAAUACAGGUCCUAAGGAACAUGGUGCACUGCGCGGACCUGAGCAACCCCACCAAGCCGCUGCUCGUGUACCGCCAGUGGACGGAGCGCAUCAUGGAGGAGUUCUUCAGGCAGGGGGACAAGGAGCGGGAGAGAGGCAUGGAGAUCAGUGCCAUGUGUGAUAAACACACAGCAUCCAUAGAGAAGAGCCAGGUGGGCUUCAUUGACUACAUCGUGCACCCUCUGUGGGAGACCUGGGGUGACCUGGUGCACCCGGACGCCCAGGACAUCCUGGACACGCUGGAGGAGAACCGCGACUGGUACCAGAGCACCAUGCCCCAGAGCCCCUCGCCGCCGCCUGACCGGGACCGGGCCCAGCUCGGCGGGGGCGCCAUCGCGGACCGCUUCCAGUUCGAGCUCACCCUGGAGGAGGAGAACGAGACCCACUGUGAAUCUGAGAGAGGGGAGGAAGAGGAGGAGGCAAAGGAAGAGGAAGGAGCAGAAGAGGAAGAGGCAGUAGAGGAGAAAGAGACAGGUGAGGAGGAGGAGGAGGAGGAGGAGGAGGGAGCUGUGGAAGAGGAGAAAGGAGAAGGAGAGGAAGAGGAGGUGGCAGAGGAUAAAGAAGGAGGAGAGGACGAAAAAGAGGAGGAGGAAAAGGAGGAGGAAGUGACGGAGGCAAAAGGAGAGCAGGAGGAGGAUGGAGAGAACACGGAAGAAGUAGAAAAGGAAGAAGAGGUAGACGAAGAAGAAGAAGAAAAGGCUGAGGAGGAGGAAGGGCAGGAGGAAGAGCAGAAAGAGGGGGAUGAGGAGGAAGAGAACCAAGAAGGCAGAGGAGAGGAGAAUGAGGAAGAGAACGAGGGAAAAGAGGAGACAGAAGACGAGUAAAAUGAGCAGAAGUUGAAAGACGGACAGAUGGACAAAAAAUAAACCUACAGGAAGAGGAGAAAAAGACUGAUUUUUUUUUAUACCAAACGAACAAAAUAAAAAGCAAAAAGAUACACGAACAUAUAAAAGGAGACACAGGAAGACUGUAUGUGACUAUAUUCGUUCCUCCAACGUUUUCUUCUCUUUUUAUCAAAGACUCGCAAGCUUCAGUCAGGACCCUCCGACUGCUAACGUCAA